GGAUUCAUACCACAAUCAUUAGUAUUCAAAGUUACAUCAAUGUUGAAAUCUAGAAAAAGGGUCAGGAAAAUAAUUAUCAAAGGAAUAGUUAACUUCAAAGAGUACUUAAAAGACUACUGGAAGGAAUGGCCUAUAAUCUCUUUUCGAAUUUUUCCACAUAAUUAUUUUUAUAAAAAUAUCGAAAUGAACAACUUAAAUGACAUCCUCGUUAAUAUAAACAGAACUUUAAUUUUUCCUCCAUCAUUAUCAACUGAAGAAAUUGUCCUUCGUUUCAAUUCCAAGAGUCCUUUUCGAAGUCACAAAAAAUGUCACGGAUUUAUGUUGUUGAAAAUUUCGGUCGUUAAAGAAUGCCAAAGAUUAGGAGAAAAUAAUAAAACGAUAAUCAAAUGUGCAGCGGAUUACUUGUGGAGAAAUUCUACAAGUCAAGAAAAAUCGGAAUAUAUUGAUUUAGCACAAAGAGUUAACACUUUAAUAUUAAAAUAA